AUGACCAGCAACGGCACAGACCCAUUGACUGAAUUUCUCGGGGCCAUCGAGGGCGUUAACCGCACCUCGUUCGCGGAGGAUGGAGACCGCAUCCGAGCGCUUCAAGCAGCAUACGCUCUCGUCAGUCGGCUGGAAACGUCGUGGGACACGGUUGCGCGCCUUGUCCUGACCGAGCCGGCGCUGGGAGCGGCCUUGAAAGUGGCCCGAGACCUGCAACUCUUUGAGAAAUGGGCUAGCGAAGCCGGGCAGGAAAGCGCGCGGACCAGCGCUCAGCUGGCGGAACUGACAACUUGCGACGAGAUGCUCCUCGCCCGCAUCCUCCGCCACCUCUCGGCGACGAAUAUGCUGGACGAGGUCCAGCCGGGCCUGUACAAACAAACAGCCUUCACCAAGUCGCUGCUUGAACCGGUAUUCGGCGCAUGGGUUGACUACCUCUACGACGCGACGCUGCCAUGCUUUUACAAGAUGCCCAUCUACCUAGCUCAGCACGGGUACCAAAACCCGACGGAUCCCACCAACGGCGUGUUCCAGUACGCCAAGGGCUUCAAGGGCUCGCUCUUCGACUACUACGACACGCACCCCGUUGAGGGCGCCGUCUUCAACUACAUGAUGGGCGGCGUUAUGGCCAAGCAGGCCGGCAUGCUGGACCUGUACCCAAUUGAACGGCUGCUCGACGAGCCCGAAUCGCCAUCGCCGCCGCCCCUUCUGGUCGAUGUGGGCGGCAACGUCGGCCACGAUAUCAACAAGUUCCUGGCGAAGCAGCCGGGUCUUGCAUCGAGGCUCGUGCUGCAGGACCGCCCCGACGUCGUCAAGGUCGCCAAGUGCCCGUCGACGGUGCGGGUCAUGGCGCACGACUUCUUCCAGCCGCAGCCCGUGCGAGGGGCCCGCGCCUACUACCUGCACGGCGUCAUCCACGACUGGGCAGACGAGCCGGCUCGCCGCAUCCUCGGGCACCUGCGCGACGCCAUGACGCGCGGCUACAGCCGCCUGCUGGUGCACGAUCACGUACUGCCCGCCAGCCGCCCUCACCCGCAGGCAACUGCGUACGACCUGACCAUGAUGGUGAAGGUGUCGGCCUUCGAGCGGACCGAGAAGAUGUGGGAGGACUUGCUGGGAUCCGUGGGUUUCGUCAUAGUCAAGAUUUGGAGCUCGCCGCUGGCGACGCAGAGUGUGAUAGAAGCGGAGCUAGCAUAG